UCCUCUCUCCUUGGUAGAAAUUGCUGGACGCUUGUGGGAAUUUCGCAGUUUGUCGUCUCUGAAGACUGAAGCUACUAGCUUGGAGGAUGCCUCGCGGAAGCCGAAGCCGCACUUCCCGGGUGGCCCCUCCGGCCAGCCGGGCCCCUCAGAUGAGGGCUGCUCCUAGAAGAGCACCUGCAGCUCAGCCUCCAGCAGCAGCUGCACCAUCUGCAGUUGGCUCACCUGCCGCUGCACCCCGGCAGCCAGGCCUGAUGGCCCAGAUGGCAACCACUGCUGCUGGUGUGGCUGUGGGCUCUGCAGUGGGGCACACGCUGGGUCAUGCCAUCACGGGGGGCUCCAGUGGAGGAGGUAAUGCUGAGCCCGCAAGGCCUGACAUCACUUACCAGGAGCCUCAGGGAACCCAGCUGCUGGACCAGCAGUCACGUGGGCCUUGCUCUCUUGAGAUCAAGCAGUUUCUGGAGUGUGCCCAGAACCAGAGUGACGUCAGGCUCUGCGAGGGCUUCAACGAAGUACUGCGGCAGUGUAGAAUUGCAAAUGGUUUAAUCUAAUCAAGAAAUUCAAACUGAAGAAAUGUAAAUUGGCUCUGCAUUAAUUGGUAGAGCAAGUGUGGACCCUUAUUUCUAAUAUUCCAUUGCUUCAGAAUGGCAUGAAAGAAUUCUAACUACAGAUGUUCACCGAGGCUUGAAGUGGUGGUAGCUGGGCAAGUGUUCAGCCUCCUUGAACUAACUGUAUUGUGUUUUGUGAGAUAAUAAAAAUAGAGUUUAAUUCUGA